GUCUGCAGAGUCAACUGACAACUUGAUAUCGUGAGGGUGUCAAUUUUGGACAUCUUUGAAGAAAAAAAGUUACGUAAAGAAAAGAUGGUCUAAGUAUUGGUCAGUUUCGUUUAUAGUUUGAACGAUGAAAGAAAACGAACACGUUAGAACGGCAAUCAGGUGGCGCCUUUCAGCUGAUGGAGCGAUUCUUGAAAAAGUCAAUGACAAAAUACUUAGCUUUGGCAGUCAACAUAAACUCUAUACGUUCGACCAUGUCAUCAAUAUUCCAGACCAGAAAAAAGUCUACGAAAUUUUAGUGGAGCCAAUGGUUAAAAAAUCGUUGGAAGGCUACGAUUGUACGUUUUUGGCAAGUGGUCAGACUGGCAGCGGCAAAACAUACACGAUGGGAUUCGAAAGCAACGCAAGUAUGAAUUCGGACAACAGUGGAAUGACUCGACGCGCCCUGAAUUCCAUUUUCUCGUGUGGCAAGGCCGUCCAGGUCUUCAUUUCUUUUGUGGAAGUGUACAACGAUCAGGUGUUUGAUUUGUUGGUACAAAAUCCACAGGAAGCACUCUACAAAAGGGACCAAAGAGCGUGCGAACCGACCAAGAAAUUGGUGCAAAAUGAAUGUGAAGUGAAUGCCACUUUGGUACAAGGUACGAAAAAUCGACGUGUACGAGGUACCAAAAUGAAUUCGGCCAGCUCCCGUUCACAUGCAGUGUUUACCAUUUAUCUUGGGAUCGAGUCCAGCCAGAACACUAAAAGGGAAUCGCUAAUCAAUUUUGUCGAUUUAGCUGGAUCGGAGGGUGUGCGCAAAACCGGUACCAUAGGCGAGGCGCAUGCCGAAGGCAAAAGUAUUAAUGAAAGUUUGUCAGCAUUCAAACGAGUAUUUGUUGCUAUGUCGAGUGGUGCUAAGCAUAUACCAUUCAGAGACUCACUCAUCACCUACAUUUUGCGAGGCUCGUUGAAAGAGGACUGCUAUGUGACAUUAUUGGGUUGCGUUAGCCCAUUCCAAAGGGACUAUGGUGAAACGUUGUCAACGCUAAAUUUCGUGGCUGACGCCAAACAAAUCAAGAUCACUCCUCGAUUGAAUGCCAUCAUCGAUGAAUUUCAGAAAUCAAACACACCGGUCAAGACGUCCCAUCAAACGCCAAAUUCAUCUUUUCGGUCAAUGAAACAACAAUCACCAUUAGUUACAAGACAGACUAGGGCGUCGCUAUCGAGCAGAUUGACAAGUGACCAGACGAGUCAAUCAACGCUCGGGAAUUCGAUUUCAAAGAGAAGACUCACCACCACCACGAGACAGUCAGUUUUGAACCCAAAGGCGAAAAGGGCAACCUUAUCAUCCAGUCGAAACGCCCGUACCAGCACAGUCGGUGUUAAGAGCACCAACGUAGCAUCAUCUGCUGCGACCCGUCAAACUGGAAUGGGAUCUGGCGGAUCGGUGAAUUGGAAUAAAGCGUCGAUGGCCAAGGAUGCCAACUACCAUAGAUUUGAUUCGUCGCACGCAGUGAGGUCAAUCCGAAAGUCAACCUUUCCGCCCGAUAAAGACGAUGUGUUGAAUAUUGUGAAAUCCUUGGAGGAUGUAAUCAAAGAUGAAAUGACCGACGGCAGAGAAAUCAAUCGAGCAGCAAUUGCGGAGAUGCUUGAUCAGCUGAAGGUCAGGUUGAACGUUCAAAAUCCAUCCAUUGAUGUAUCGUUUUGCCCUGCUUCAACAGCAACAUUGAUUCAGUCUCCAAUGCUGUCAACCGUAGUCGAAGACACUGAAGCAGUUUCGGACAGGGAUAUGGAUACCAACGAACCGAAUCCAAAUAUGAUUUCAUCAAGUUGCUUGGAAGCCGAACUGAAUGAUCUUGUCGAACAGAGUGCUUUGAUUAGUUCAGCAAACAAUCCGGUGAAAGCUUUAGAUCCAGCCGUAAAAGUGGCGAUGAAUUACGACCACUUAGAAAAUAGGAUACUGUUCAACGUAGACGAGCAAUUUAUCGACACAAGUACUGUCCAUUCGGAAACACCGGAAACCAUGCAGCGAAACGCCAGCCAGUGUGAAACUGUUCGAAAGUGUGACUCGUUCCCUGGAACGGCUUUGGGUGGAAAGCUUGCUAUCAACGCUCGGCACGAAUCUAUGCGUCAGAACAGUGAAGAGGCAAUAGAAGAUAUGGUAAGCAGUACGACGAUAAUUGAUUCACCGAAGAUUACAAAAAGGAUUCCUGUUGAUAACGUACGCACCCCGAUCGGAAAGUUAAUUAUCCGUAAGGUAGCACCUGCAUGCGAUUUUGAAAGCACUCGAUACGCCGUUGAAAUGAUCAACCGAACUCGUCCACCACUGCAAGUGCAGUCACCAGUGGAUUACACUCACUUCUGUGAAACUCCGACACGCACAUCCCACAAAUUUCCGAUGAGCACAGCGGUGAAAAGGAACCCCAACCGUAGUAUACAUCAUCGUCUUCCGUUAUCACCACGUAUAAUUGUUGAUCGCAUCGGUUCACCGCAGCAGCGUUGCAUUUCUCAGCCAAGCAAGCGUCAAGCUGUGGCCGAAACUAGGAGCACAGUGCAACGCGGUAAAGUUACUCGAACAGUUGGCACAGGAGCUGGCGAAAAAUUGAAAUCGAAACCGAAAAAAACCGAUGACAGACUACGAAUUUUGAAAAUACUCAACACCGGAAAUGAAAGGGACCUGCAAAAGUUGUCGAAAAUUGGCAUAAAAACAGCUGCUCAAAUUCUUAGCUACAGGAACGUUAAAGGACCAUUAAAAAGUAUCGAGGAACUGAAAAAGAUUGGCUGGUCAAGAAACAUGUGCCAAAAAUUCGUUGCGGCCAAUAUUUUUGAAUGAAAAUAUCACCGGGAAUUUCGUUGACAAAUCAAACCGCAUCUCGAUUUGAUGACACUUUCAGUCGAAUAACGUUGAAAUGAUAUUGAAAGUAGUUAGUUAGAUAGAAACGAAUGUAUAAAAUUACGACAUUCAGUUCCUUUUUACCAGUUUUACUAUAGUUUGGAAUAAAAAUUAAUUUAAAAAAAA